AUGCAGGUUGAAUGGCGGCGGCGCAAUGAUUGUUCUGCGCCGUCUCUAUUUUGCGUAUUUACUUUUACUCCCUGUGACUACAAAAGGCAAUCCCAAAGUAUUCAUUUAAGGUGGAAUUCUGCCUUUGGUAAAAGCAGAAUCCAUGUUAAAAUGCAAUGGUUGGAUGGGCCUUUUUCUUUUUCUUUUUCUUUUCUGGAGAAUAGUGAAAUUUCUGCCUCACUUAAAGUUUUAAUUAUUAUUUACUUCAUUGCCUGUAACUUGGAAGAUUCGGGCGAAUCUUGGAAGCGUUUUGUGGCAAAGCUAGCAGUUGUGAUGCUUCUUACAAUUGCUUUGUCUCUCAUCUACGUCGAGCUCAAGAAUUUGGUCUUGAAGAAAAUAUUUACAGAAAUUACAAAAAAGUUUUGGAGUGAAUGGGAGCUUCGCUUGAUGGUUAUAAUCAGCCUUAUUCUCCAGCUUGUUCUCGUCAUAUCUGGGAAUCUUCGACGAGGAUACAUAGGGAAAAAGUUGCCUUAUGUUACAAUAGCUGCAUGGUUAGUGUAUUUGUCAGCAGAUUGGAUGGCAACUCUUGUGCUGAGCACCCUUCUUAGUGGCGAUGUUAGUCUGAAAAAUGGCCUUAUUGUAUUUUGGACGCCCUUUAUUUUGUGGCAUCUUGGCAGCCCUCACAACAUUACAGCUUAUUCUUUAGAAGACAAUGAGCUGUGGUUAAGACAUUUUCUUGGCAUGGUGUUCCAAGUUUCAGAGGCAAUUUACAUCUACAUUAGGUUUCGAUCAGACACUGACCUCAAUUUUAUGGCUGCUCUGAUAUUCAUUGCUGGAGUUUUCAAGUAUGUAGAAAGGAUAUGGGCUCUCAGAUCUACAAAUGAGAAGCAGCUCAUAAAUUCCUUGUACCCUUCUAAAAGAAAAGCUACCAGAAAAGGAAAAAUGAUCAGAAUAGGGCUGUCUGAAUCCACAAUAAACCGUUGUUUUGAAGGCAAAGCCAAUUUUUCUGAGCUCAAAUUGCUCCGUGAAGCUUAUUCAUCCUUCAUUGUUUUCAAGCCUCUCUUUCUCGGCCUCCCAUUUGGGCUUUCCGCAAAAUUUUAUGAUGACAUGGUUUACAUCAAGUCUAAAUCUGCGGAACAAGCCUUCAAAUUGGUCGGGACUGAACUGGGAUACCUUUAUGAUUUGCUCUUCACCAAGAUGCCCAUACAUCAUCUUCAGCCUAAAGUGAGUUUAUAUCUUCGUGCCUUCUGCUUUCUGUCUGCUGUGUCUUCACUGAUUGCUUUCUCAGCAAUCGUGGAUAAGAGUGUGCAUGCAAAAGUCGACAUUGUCGUGACAUAUUUGCUGUUGCUGGGAGCUAUUUGUCUCGACAUAUAUUCAUUUAUAAUGCACGCUUUCUCCACAUGGGCAAUGGUCCGGUUGCCCAUUCCUGAAAACAAGGUACAUAAGUUGUACUCCAAGGUUGUUGCUUGGAGGUUGAAUUCCGUUGAAUCCAAGAUGGCAAUCAAAUCAAUGGCGCAACAUGAUCUAAUAAAUUAUUACGUCAAGGCCAAUACAAAUAAGUUCAACGAUGCUGUUAAGAUUAUUGACACUGGUAAUCUUCUACAGAAGUAUUGGCAUACCAAUUGGAGGGCAGUUGAUUGUGAAUUGAAGCAAUUCAUCUAUUCUCAUCUGAAAGAGAAACGUCAGAAGUGGGUCGAGAUGGGUUGCAGACUUGAAGAUCUCGAGAAGUUGUUAAAUGAGAAAGAUGAAAAUUUGUUGGAUGAACUAGGUAUUGUUAGUGAGGAUUUGAAACUGGACAUAACAGAUUUUACACAACGCAUUUUUAUUUGGCAUUUUGCGACAGAGCUUGUUUACUACGAUGAUGUUGGCAGUUUUCGAAGAGGUACGGUGGGUUCAUUUUGCCAAAUUGCCAAGUCCUUGUCUGAUUACAUGAUGUACCUCGUAGUCGUCUGUCCAUUGAUGCUGCCUAAAGGGUUCAGUGAACUGAUAAACAAAGUAAGCUACAUCCAAGCCACAAAAUUUUCCCAGGAGAGGACAUCACCAAAAAGAUUUGCAUCGGUGGUGCUUGGGCUUAAUAGAGAUUUUCGGGUGGAAAGUUAUAGCAUCGAAGUGAUAAGUGGAGGGAUUGCGUUUGCCCAGGCAUUGCAAAGUGUUGUAACUGAGCAUCGGUGGGAUCACGAAAAGAAAUGGGAAAUGAUUAGUAAGAUGUGGAUGGAGAUGAUGACUCAUACUGCUAGUCAUUGUUCUUGGAAAGAGCAUGCUGAACGAUUGAGGCAAGGUGGAGAGCUGCUUACUCAUGUUGCACUUCUUAUGGCACAUCUUGGUUUAAGCACUCAGAUCCGCAGAUAUGAGGUUCCAGAUGAGGACGAGCUCGAUACACCUCCAUUCACACUUUAA